GAGGACAACUACUGCAAGUAAGAUUAUACUCAAGCAGCGGAGUAUGCGACGUACUAAUGAAAGGCGUCAGCAAGGCGGAGUGGCUAUGAGAGGGGUAAACAAGUUCUGUGGCCAACUCUUGUCGAAAAAGAUCUUUGUGCAGUAGUUGUGGAAGUUGAACUAGUUAUCCGAGACAACAUUCUGUAAUUAUUGGCGCUUGGAAGUUCGGGAGAUAUAGCAGAAGACCCGAGGUUAGCCGUCAGGCAAUAAGUAAUAAUGGUAAGGUAGCAUUUGUGUGGAAUUCCCGUUCAUACAUACCUCCUAAGGUAUUCGGCCGGAUAAUUCGUCGAACGACUUUAUAUGGCUGCAUACCUUAUAGAUAUCUGACCAACUCGCAUAUUAUUUCCAAAUAUAACAGAGAGUCGGUUUAAAACCAGUCUCAAAAGCAAAUUAUCCGGACAGGUUUUCUUGAUCAUUUCGCAAAUACUCAACAAACCUUUACUCAAGAGCAAUGGCUUCUACUAUCGUUCUAAUCAGCGGCGCCAAUCGAGGUAUCGGCAAAGCCCUCGCUGAGCGCUACCUCGCCCUACCUAACCACACGGUCAUCGCUGCUAACCGCGAUCCGAAGCACCCCACAUCCAAGGAUAUGGAAAAGCUACCGAAGGGCCCCGAAAGCAAACUGAUCCUCGUCAAGGUCGAAGCUACGAGCGACACGGACGCCGCGGAUGCUGUCAAGGAACUGCAAGAUCAAGGCAUUGAUCACUUAGACAUCGUAAUUGCCAACUCCGGAAUUACCUUCGGUUUCACUAAAGCGGUCGAUGCGAAAGUCGAGGACAUGCGCCGGGUUAUGGAGGUCAACGUCUACGGCGUGCUACGGCUAUUCCAGGCUACUUUGCCGUUGAUUCGCAAGGCCGCCGCUCCGAAAUUUGUGACCAUCGGAUCUGGCGCGGGAAGUAUAGAGGAAAUGUAUCCGUAUCCCAACGCUGUUUAUGGCCCUUCGAAGGCCGCUGUUCACUGGUUGACGAAAAGCAUAAACGAAGACGAGGACCAUAUCAUUGCAUUCGUAAUAGAUCCAGGAUGGACCCAAACCGAGAUGGGAGAUACGACGGCGCAGUCAGUCGGCCUAGACAACGCUCCUAUCACCGUGGCAGAGUCCUGCGACGGCAGUUUUAAAGUGAUAAAUGAGGCGACUAGGGAAUCGGGGGGUAAGUUGUGGACUUACAACGGAAGGAAGAGAGCUUGGUAGGCGAUGAUAGCGCCGCAUAUAUGAUGAUAUUCGAAGAUGAGACAGCUUAUUACGAAAUCCGCUAUGCGGCGCCCCACCCCCUGGUUAAGAGCUUUUCCGAUCGCGGCCUAAAACUAGUCCUAACGACGGCGUAUGCUACUACUACUAUUACUAUUACUACCUAACCUUAGGUAUGUAGAGCUCUGUUGCGUACGAUCGACUUGUCACUUAUCGGCCUGUUUAGGGCGCGCCAAGUACAAUACAACGA